UUUUCUCUAUUUUUCAAUCUCCUUUUAAACCUCUGGUUCCUCUCAAACACUUAUCUACAUUGCAAUUGCAGUUGCAGUCGACAAGAUGAGGAUGCUGAAUUUUUUUGUUCUGGUGGUGAUGAUGCUGCUGUCGGGCGCCGCCGUUUCUCACGGCCAAAACUGGACGGUUGGCGGCGGGAGAAUGAGAAAAGUUGAAGAUGAGUACUUGAAGUGGAUUAGACAUAUGGGUUCUUUCAAGCACUCUCUUUUUCAAAACACCAAGAACAAGUUCAAGCCUUGUUUGACGCUCAGGGUUUCCAAGAAGCCUAAGGCUGGGGGAUUCCGGUCGGUGCAGAAAGCUAUCAACUCUCUGCCCCUCAUCAACCGGUGCCGGGUCGUCAUCCAUGUCGCCGCCGGAAUCUACAGGGAGAAGGUUGAGAUUCCGGCGAUGAUGAGUUACAUAUGGGUGGAGGGAGAAGGGGCGGAGAAGACGAUCAUUGAAUGGAGCGACACGGCGGACCAUAUGGGUGACAACGGCCGUCCGAUCGGCACUUUUGGUUCUGCAACUUUUGCUGUUAAUUCACCCUUCUUCAUUGCUAGGAACAUCACCUUCAAGAACAAGGCGCGGGCGCCGCCGUCGGGGGCGUUGGGGAAGCAAGCGGUGGCUUUCAGAAUAACGGGAGAUGCGGCUGCGUUCAUAAGCUGCAGGUUUAUCGGUGCGCAGGACACGCUGUACGACCACUUGGGGCGGCACUACUUCAAGGACUGCUAUAUCGAGGGGUCGGUGGAUUUCGUGUUCGGGGACGGGCUGUCCAUCUACGAGGGGUGCCAUUUGCACGCCAUCACGGACAGCUACGGCGCUCUGACCGCCCAGAAGAGGAACAGCCUGCUGGAGGAAACGGGGUUUUCGUUCCUCAACUGUAAGGUUUCCGGGUCGGGGGCUCUGUAUUUGGGGCGGGCCUGGGGCAGCUUCUCCCGUGUGGUGUUUGCUUAUACCUUCAUGGAUAAAAUCAUCACUCCCACUGGUUGGUACAACUGGGGCGACAAAAACCUCGAAUUGACUGUAUUUUAUGGGCAAUACAGAUGCUCAGGACCAGGAGCAGAUUAUGGAGGACGAGUUUCAUGGUCUAGAGAACUCACUGAGUCUGAAGCCAACCCCUUUGUGUCUCUCGAUUUUAUUGGUGCAAAAGAAUGGCUUCCAAAGCGCACUCAUCUCGCCAUUAAAUCACCACCACAUUGACUCUCUCUCUCUCUCUC